CUCUUGACAUGUGCACAUGUCAUUAUCAUAUAUUAUAAAAGAUAUAAGACAGAUCUGAAGUCGGUUGAAAUGAAAGGUUUCGAGGAGGUAGUCUGUUCGUUUGCAACUUUUCGUAGAAAGGUCGAAAAAGUUGGCCCUGCUUAUUUAAGUUCGAAAAAGAAACAGCAGUUCGUAAUCGAACGCAGUGAAUCAGAGGAGGAACUUUUCGACGAGUUUGAUGUCGAUGUUAAUUAUCUUAAAUCUUUAGAUCCAAAAGAAUGGAAAGAUCAAGACCACUAUGCUGUUUUGGGACUGAAGAAAUUAAGGUUUAAUGCCACUGAUGAUGAAAUACGACGUGCAUACCGUAAAAUGGUUUUACAGCACCAUCCUGACAAACGAAAGGCAAAGGGCGAAGAAGUUAAAACGGAUGACGACUAUUUUACUUGUAUUACCAAGGCAUAUGAGAUAUUGGGUACUCCAAAAACCAGACGCUCCUAUGAUUCAGUUGAUCCAGAAUUUGACGACGGUUUCCCAACUCAAUCUGAUAUUGAUAAUAGAUAUUAUGACUCUUUUCAAAAAUAUUUUAAUUUGAAUGCCAGAUGGAGUGAGAAAAAGAUUGUUCCUUCUUUUGGUGAUAUCAAUUCUGCAAGAGAAGAUGUUGAGCGGUUCUACAGUUUUUGGUACGACUUUAAAUCGUGGCGAGAAUUCAGUUAUUUGGAUGAAGAAGACAAAGAAAAGGGACAGGACAGAGACGAACGUCGGUGGAUAGAAAAAGAAAAUAAAGUCGCUCGAAUUAAGCGGAAAAAGGAAGAAAUGAUGCGAAUUCGAGCUCUUGUAGAUCUGGCAUACAAUAAUGAUAAGCGCAUUCAAAAGUUUAAGAAUGAGGAAAAGGAGAAAAAACUUGCAGCAAAAAAAGCUAAGAUGGAUGCAGCGCAAGCACAAAAAGCUGAACAAGAAAGGAUAAUGCGAGAAGCUCUACUUGCAAAGGAAAGAGCGGAGAAAGCCGAACAAAAAAGAAUAGAACAAAUCAGAAUGGAAAGAGAGCAAGUAAAAAAGGCAAUAAAAAAGGAAAGGAAACUUCUUAGAGAUAAAGCCAAAGAUAACAAAUACUUUGGAAAUAAUGAAAAAGAAUCUCUUAAAAAUAUGGAGGGCGUUGAAAAGAUUUGUGAAACUUUUUCGCUCUCAGAACUACAAGAACUUAAUAAAAAAAUGGAAAAAUCAUCUAAAGAUGUUUUUUACGCUGCACUUAAGACCGCAGAUAUAAAAAUAAAAGCAGAUAUAGCAGAAAUUAACCAAUCGCAAAAUAAAAGUAAAUUCAAUACAAAAGUGGAGGGCGUAAUUAAAGAAGUAAAUAAGACGGAGAAUUGGUGCAAUGAAAAUGUGCAACUACUCAUUAAAGCAGUUAACCUAUUUCCAGCUGGUACAUCCCAACGAUGGGAUGUAAUUGCUUCGUUUAUUAACCAACACUCGGUAGUUGAUGCGACUGUUACGGCUCGAGAUGUUCUUAAUAAAGCCAAAGCGCUACAAAAUAGUGACUUUUCAAAAAACACACUUAAAACUCAAGCCAAUGCAAGCGCCUUUGAAAGCUUUGAAAAAUCCAAGAAAGAAGUGGUAACGUCGUCUGAUAUUACUUUGAAUACUGAAUUGUCAUCCGAAGCCAAUUGUAAUUAUGAAUCCAAAGAGAAUCAGUCUUCUAAUCCUUCAAAUACAAGUGGUAAACAAUUAAAGUCUUCCGCUACUGCUCCAACAAAGGCAUGGACUAAGGAGGAACAAGCUUUAUUGGAACAAGCUAUAAAAACGUUUCCCAUAUCAACAACAGAUCGAUGGGACCGUAUUGCUGAAUGUAUUCCCAAUAGGUCCAAAAAAGAUUGCUUGCGAAGGGUAAAAGAGUUAGUUGAGUUGGUCAAUUCUAAAAAAGAAGCACAACAAUCGGUAAAAUGAUUUCAGGAAAAUUACAACUUUAUUACUCAAAAUGGAUUGAAAUAAAUUAAAUGCAAAUCAUACAAUACCUAAAA